AUGGAGUUCGUUAAACUUUGGGCGCUAAUUAUUUGUUUGUGUUCGGUGAACGCUCGCGAAAUUGACAUUAAAAAUGAAUUGCAAUCCCUGACCGAACAAUUCAAGGCUCUGAAGACCGUGCAUCUGGCUGAUGUUUCCCGCCUCAAAGAAGAGAUUAAGGAACUCAAGAAGAACGCUGCUAGUACGUUAACUGACAACUACACUCGCAAUGAACAAGCAACUCUGCAAUGGGCCAAGAGUUCCAUGAGAGAACUUCGAAUUGAAAUGCGUGAACUAAGUCAAAGCAUUAACAGCUCGGUACUGCUGCGACAAUUGCAAAACAUCCGCAAUGAGUUAAAACGGGCGUUGUCUGAGAACACGGACCUGGCUCAGUUAGCUCGUACUCAGGAAGCCCGCGUGGACAAAUUGGAUAGCGAAGUCGGCCGGCUGAAAUACGACAGCCAAGAAAUAAGAGGCAUGGUCGCUGAGAUGCGCAGUCAAGUCGCGAAACUCUCAAAGGAGAUUAAAUUGAAGACACUCAAUGAAGAUAGCUUCAAUGACGUCCUAGAGCCAUACGAAAAACGUGCUUCAGACUCGCAUCCUAAGCAUGGACACAAAAUACGCCACAACAAAAUGGUGCAUGCCCAAAUAUCCCGUUUGGCCCGCAGCCAAAAUCAAUUGGAUGAAUACCAACAGCACUUGCAGACCCAACUCCUCGAUGUGCUUCGUCGUCUCGACCGCAUUGAAGAAGCUAACUGGAAUCUGGUUUCAACUCGAGUGGAUUACCUUGCAACUGAAACUAACACAAUCAAAAGUGAACUGAACAAUGUAACCCAACGAGUGGCCGACUUUGAUAAAGUCCACGCCUCUAUGCUUGAACUGCGCGAAGACGUUGAAAGCAUUGAGAACAAAGCCGACAAAACAAUUCCUGAGUUUAAAAAAGAGAUAUCUAAACUGGAUAUUAGUUUCGCCCAGCUCAACGCUCAAUCUUCUUAUCUAAAAGAGGACCAAGAGAAUCUCCGUCAAUCUGUUAAGGCCAUCGCAGUCAGCGUGAGCAACACCAUUGAUCGUGCCGAAAUGGAUCGUCUCGUUAUCAAGGCUCUCAAUGACUCAGUGAUCGGUCUCGAAAAUAUAAGCAAGCAGCACUACUACCGCCUCAACGAUCACAUUCUCAAGAGUGAGGCCAAUAAGACGACAAUGGUUAGCCAAUAUAUUCCGCUUCCUGAGCUUAUUGAUGAAGUUAAAGAGCUUCAGCCCCUUGAACGCGAGUAUGAAAAUCUGGUUGUUCAAUUACCCAAGGAUUGCUCAAGCGUGACUGGACCUGACCAAGUUUAUUUAAUAAAUCCUGGUCAUUCUCCGGUUGAGACCUUUUGCAUCAAUGGAAGUACCCUUAUUCAACGCCGUUACAAUGGAUCCGUAGAAUUUAAUAGGAAAUUUGCUCAAUACGUGCAAGGGUUUGGUAACGCAGCCUCCGAAUUUUGGCUUGGCUUGGAAUCGAUGCACCAGUUGACAUCUGAUAACUGCUCUUCUAUGAGGAUUGAGAUGACCGAUAUUUAUGGAAGCUCUUGGCAUGCUGAAUAUGAUCAUUUCUCCGUUGGAAGCGCUGAUACUGGAUACGUUUUGACUGUGAGCGGUUUCAGAGGUAAUGCUAGUGAUGCUUUUGAGUACCAAAACCAUAUGGAAUUUUCUGCCAUCGAUCACGACCGAGAUAUCUCGAAUACUCAUUGCGCUGCCAACUAUGAAGGAGGUUGGUGGUUCUCUCAUUGCCAGCACGUGAAUAUCAAUGGCAAGUACACUCUUGGCUUGACCUGGUUUGACUCUCUAAGGAAUGAGUGGAUAGCGGUUGCAACCAGUGAGAUGCGCCUAUUCCGUAACAAACGCUGUACUUAA